AUGGCUGCCCGUCGGUCCGCGCUGGCAGACGUCCCCAAUGCCAUCAACUCACCUCUUCGCAACGCUGGCGCCGUGUCUGGCAAGCGCACGCGAGCUCAGGCUGGCGACGGCCGGGAAACGAUAUAUGGCCAACCACCGACCAAGAAACAGAUCAUUGAGGCUCGGGAACAGGAUGAGGAGAACAUUGAUCCUAGGAAGAGGAAUGGAGUCCCCGUCACUGCCCAUCACAAGCUCGACGAGCCCUUCUCCAAGCGCUCCAGCCACCCACCUACGGCCUUCGAGAAGAGGCUUGCUUCAGUGCGUGACAAGAAGACAACGCCGCACGCGCGUGCAGAGAAAUCGCAAAAGCAGACUGGGGACAAUCUUGAAUCGGUGCGGCAAUGGCAGAAGCACUACCGGCGACAGUUUCCCCAAUUCGUCUUUUACUUCGACAACGUGCCAGACGAAACGCGUACCAAAGCUAUGCGUCAGAUCCACUCUCUAGGUGCACGUGAGGAAAAGUUCUUCUCCAAGGCGGUCACUCAUGUUGUCACUACGCGUCCUAUUCCGUCUGAACAGUCCACCACCAGCCCUGACGACGGCGACUCGAAAUACGACACGACACUGCCAAAGACUGUCCAGCUGUCUGCGGCGACCACCCAAGAUCAACGAAAGGGUGCCACCCUUCUGGAUGCUCAGAUCCAACGGCGGAAUCAGCAUGCCGCCUCUCAAUUGCAGCAGAACCUGGACCAACGCAAGCCUCAGACACAAAGUGCCGACAUCCUCUCCCGCGCACGCGCUCUUGGCAUCAAGAUAUGGGCUCUGGAAAAGCUGCAUCGUGUCCUCGGCACUAUUCUCGAUGCCGACACAGCUGAUCACGUACAUGAGCCUCGUGGUCACGCGACUCAACGCGUUUCGACAAGACAAGCACAAGAUGCCGACCUCGAACAACUCCUUCGCCAUGAAAAGGUCAAUGGUCCUGCUGACCGUGACAUGACUGUCGCAACUCAGGACAUGGUGACGUUGCGUGGCUGUUAUAUUUACGUUCACGAUAUGGACGAGAGGACAAAGCCGACUCUCGUCCGUGACUACAACAAACCGAACUCAAAAGAACAAGGCAAGUGGCCGCAGUUCAGACUGACCUCAUCUGGCCGAUGUCCAUUCAUUGAAGACCCUGUCUAUGCCAAGAAGAUCCAGCAACAGGAGAGGGAUGCUGAGAAUCAGUUGAGAGCUCAGCAGGAACUUGCCCAGCGCAAGACAAGAGCAAACGCCGGUCUCCAACCGACUCCCGCCCAGGCUCUCGUCGAACGUGAGGCAAACCUGCGCCGCUCGCCGCGCAAGCUUGCCCAGGCCAAACAAGAUCCAACGAAGCCACUCAACGCUCCUAUGCCAGCUCAUCUCCGACGGCAGUCUUCUCUCGAUCUUGCAGCACCCUUCUUUGGUAGUGCGCAGGCCAGUCUCCGAGGCUUACCUCGCAUGGUUGGAGGCGAGCCCGUUGCUUCAGGCAUGCAACCAUCCAAUGUUACGUCAGCUAUUCGAUCACAGGCUAUCUCGUCUGCGGCCAUCUCGUCGACGGCGCCCGGCCUCAAUCGUCGCAUGGGAGACACUAAGGAGGUGUCUUUACUGAAGCGCAAGGUCUUGGCAUCCAACAAUAGCAUACCUUCCUCGCACGUCAACGACAUGAGGGCGGCGAUUAAUGAGAACCAGGACCCACCUCCUCGAGCUGCGAAGAGGAAAGCCCAGGAAACCUUGGGCGUGGUCCAUGAAGAUGAAGAAGAUAGCCAGCGGCAGAAAGCAAGACUGUCAGCUCCCAAGAAGAAGAAGGUCGAGAAAGACCCCAAGCCAGGCUACUGCGAGAAUUGUCGUGACAAAUACGAGGACUUUGACGAGCACAUUGCAUCACGCAAGCAUCGCAAGUUUGCCAAUACUCAGGAGAACUGGAAGGAGCUCGAUGAGCUUCUUCUAGAACUCAAGCGUCCUCAUAAACAAGGACGUUGA